AUGGCAAGUUUGUAUUUUCAGUACUGCCACAUGCAACCAUUGUGGCUAUUCGACGAGGACGAUCUGGCUUCGCCAGAGAAGUAUAGCGAAGAGAUCAUUCUGGCUUUGAUGGCCUUGACGCUGCCUUAUUCGUCCCAUACUCGCUUUCAGGGUCGAACCGAGGAGCUGAGUCGACACUAUUCGAAGCUGGCUCGCGAUCGCAUCCUGCUUCAGGUGACGGAAGGGAAUGUCAAGCUUUCUACCAUUCAGGGACUCUGCAUGCUGGCAUUUGCCAACUUCAUAGUCAGAGACGUGCAUUUUGCUUCGCUUCAUAUCAGCAUGGCCAUGACCUUUCUCAGGUGUGCAGGCAUGGACGCCGAGGCACGGCCUGGAGAUCUUUCGGGACCCGCAGAGGCACGUCGAAGGGUGUUCUGGAGUCUCUUAUACCUUGACCAGAUCUAUGGGCAGCAGAGCACACCGCUGAACGUGCUGACCAACUUUGACAAUCCCAAGUACGUGGGAUCAAAAUUGGAUCUCCCCCGCGAGUUCAGUAUUCUUCCACCUUCUUGGCCACAGGAAUCGUUUGUUUCGGGCCAGACACAAGGUGGCGGCAUCUGGGCUUAUCUGGUCCAGCUCUCUACGCUUUGGAGACAGGUGCGGACAUACAUGAGCCAGUGCGCUGAUAGCAACACCAAGACCCCAUGGUCUGCUGACUCUGGCUACUCGAUCAUAUGCGCACACCUGAUGGAUCUCGAGACCAAAUUGCCAGCUGCCCAUCGAUACGACUUGGCGCGUUUCCCAGAUCAAUCCACCGAAGAUCUCGAAAACAAUCGAGCCUACUGGAGUCCCUGGCUGUCGAUCCAGUUCACAUACCAUGCCAUUCACAGCCUGCUGAAUCACCCAUUCCUAUAUUCAUCGCGGCCGCAGCAGUCAGCUCAGCUCGCCGUGCCUAAUACUUUCUGGAAGACGUCUUCUGAGCUUGCCCUUCUCCACUCCACCUGGAUCGUUCGCUUGAUUGACAUGGUCACCGAGAAGCCCUAUCCGAUCUCGGAUCCGUUCGUGGGCCAUUGUGUUGCCAUUGCAGCCACGAUCCUCAUCUACUUCUGUCGCGCGGCAGACACGAACCUCAAACAGGCGGCACAGAGCAAGCUUACGGUGUGCAAGAUCUAUCUGAGCGAGCUUGCAGUCAGAUGGCCCGUUUGCAAGACGAUGCACGACAGACUCCAAGCACUGAUGAGAUCCGCGUUCGACUCCAACGAGCGCGACUCGUCCCGUCGAACCGUCUCGAUCAACACCAGUUUGAUGUGGGAGGUUCUCGACUACACCAACGUCGACACCCGCCGCAAACACGCAAGCGGCGGCACACUCUUCCACGAAUCCCUCUGCCCCACCACCGACGCAGCCGACGAAGAAGACGACACGGUCGAAACCCAGAUCUUCCACAGCUCGACCCGCGAAGUCGAUACCUCUGAUGGCGGCCAGGCUCUACCCCCAUUCUCAGACCACGUCGUGCGGCGGACCACGUAUCCUCGUACAAGCCGGGGCCGCAAUGAGCAGCAGGCCGAGUGGCUAUUGCCAGACCCUGCGAUGGCUUCCAACCCGGCCGUUGCUCUUCCUCCGGGGGGCAAUCAGAACAUGGCGGGACCGCCUCAGGGGCAAGGUCCUCCUCCUCCUGGUGCGCCCCAGUAUGCGCCAUGGCUAGGUGCAUUCACGGGGAAUGCCUCGAUCAUGGACAUCACGCACGACCCGUUCAUGCAGUUUCAGGACUCGGGGAGUCCGUACUUUGGGAUGUGGGAGGUUGGGAACCUGUGA